AUGGAAAUAGGCGGCUGGAAUAUAGGCCCUCUGUUUCCCAUGUGGCUUCAAACUCAGAAGAUGAUAACGCAAGUUGACAUAUCAGAUGGUGGAAUACAAGGUGAGGUUCCAACUUGGUUUUGGAACUUGUCUUCUCAAACUCGAUAUCUCAAUCUUUCUCACAACCAAUUUGUUGGUGAGGUCCCAAUCAUCUCAACACCUUCUUGGUUAGUUGGAAACGAAGAUGCUCUUUGGUUAAUGUACUUGGGUUCCAGCAAAUUUAGUGGGCCACUAUUGUUGAUUUCAACCACUGUAGCUGAGCCAGAUCUUUUGAACAAUUCUUUUUCGAAAGGUUUAUCUAACUUUUUGUGUGAAGCAAAAAACGAAUCUUAUAAAUUGGAGAUCUUAAACCUCGGGGGAAACUACUUAUCAGAAGAAAUUCCUGAUUGUUGGAUGAAUUGGCCAGGGAUGGCAGUUUUAAUCAUGAGGGACAAUAACUUGAUUGGAGGCAUACCAAGAUCCAUGAAGGUUUUGAUUGAUUUGCGAUCCUUGGACUUCCGAAGAAAUAGACUUAAUGGUCCAUUUCCUUCAUCCUUGGAAAACUGCACAAAACUGAAUAAAAUAGAUUUAGCUGAGAAUGCGUUUGUUGGACAAUUACCAUAUUGGUUGGGAAUGAGGUUUCCAACCUUGAUAGUCCUUAUCCUUCGGUCCAAUAAAUUCGAUGGUGAAUUGCCUCAAGAACUCUGUCACCUCAAAGAUCUUCAGAUCUUAGAUCUCGCAAACAAUACAUUUGGUGGGAUCAUACCGAGGUGUAUUAGCAAUUUCAGUGCAAUGGUCAAAGGAAAAAGACGCCUGAGAGAGAGUGCAGUGGUGAUGACUAAAGGCAACACGUACCAAUAUGACACCAUUUUAGCGUUGUUUACAAGUAUGAAUAUAUCUAGCAAUAAUCUUUCUGGAGAUAUUUCUAUAAGUCUAACAUGUCUUGCAGGAUUAAGAUCAUUUAAUUUUUCAAAAAAUGAUCUAACUGGUAGGAUUCCAAAUGGCAUUGGCGACAUGAAAGCAUUGGAAUCUGUUGAUCUUUCAAAAAAUUAA